CAGCGACUCUGCAGCUGUCAGGAACCAUGACUGAAGAUGACGGAAUCUGUUGUCGUGGAGGGAUACGCCAGACUCAGAGAGGGGAAAAAGUGGAGGACUAGGUGGCUCGUGUUUCGUAAGCCGUCGCCUGUAGCAGAUUGCCUCGUUUUAGUGGUUUUUAAAGACAAAUCAGACAAACUCCAGAGCAACAGAGAGAGGGCGAGUUUCACCUUGGAGGAGAUCUGUGGCCUGGAACCUGGACAGUGGUAUGAAGGUGCGGCUUUUACUCUGGCCAUCCUCUGCCUGAACCAGGUCGCGCUGCUGGGCUUCGACAGCAGGGAGGCCCUGCAGGCGUGGGAGCUCCGCCUGCGCUACGGCCUUGGAGAGGUUCACAGAUUCAGCGUUGGGGUUUUACCAGGGACCAAGCUGGAGGGCGGACCUGCCACUCUUCACCUGUGCAACAACCUUCUGGCCCUCGUCCGGGACUUUCCUCCCGUCAUCAUCGGCCACUGGAACCUGCCGGACCUGCGCAGAUAUGGACCGGUGCCGAAUGGAUUCGUGUUUGAAGGGGGAACAAGAUGUGGAUACUGGGCUGGUGUUUUUCUUCUGGCAGCUGCAGAGGGCGAGCAGAUCAGCUUUCUGUUCGACUGCAUCGUCAGAGGCAUCUGCCCCAGCAGAGGUCCGUUCGGACUGCGGCCCGUUUUGCCAGAACUAAAUUCAGGCCAAACCAAUUCAGAGGAGAAGCUGAACCUGGAAACUCAGGAGCUGGAGAAGCGACUGAGCAUGCUGUCUAGUGAGAGCAGCACAGUCUCAUCCACGUACUUCCCAUGUGCUGGGGGAGACGACCGCAGCAUAUCUGGCUCCUCCGACACGUCCGACACCAGCCAGUCAGACUGCAGCAUCAGCAGCAGGCUGGCCAUUUGGACCGAACCCGCCUCAAACGCCACCGGAAGCGUCUGCCACGCUGGCGCUAAGGUGCCUCUGCAGACUGUAGAGAAGCUUUCAGCCGGCCAGGGAGGCGUGGGCCGACCUUCGGCCAAGCCGCCCCGGCAGCUUCAGGACAUCGGCCGUCAGAGCUCUUCAGACAGCGGCAUCGCCACCGGCAGCCAGUCGUCCUACUCCGGGAGCUUCUCCUCGUACACAGGCAGCCUGGACAUCGCCCCAGGGGAGGACUUUGGCUCCGUGUUCAGUUUACCCCCACAGCUGGCUCUAGAGCUAAGCCCGUGCAGUUGUCCCACUGCUCCUGGACAGGAGUACCAGGUGCCAACAUCGCUUCUUGGGUACCUCUAUGACUCUCCCAGGAGAGUGUUGCAUGAAGCGAGUGGGGGCGACAAAGACUGUGAGCCCUUUAAAUCAACUGAAGACCACCCUGUUCCUUCAGACUGCCCAACAGAGUCUGAUUUGGGGGGCGCAGGUGGAGCGACAACAGCUGAGGUUCAGUCAGAGGCGACGGAUGGACAAUCAGAUCCUGCACACGCACAGGGCCCUUCAAGUGACGGCAGGAAAACAAAGGCGCUGCCCUCUAGUGGGUCCUCUCUUACCUGCAGCUCCCUCUCUGCCUCCAAAACUGUAGUGGCCAUCUGCUCAGUGUGUGGUGGGUUUAAGGGUAACCCCUGCAUCCAAAUGGGUUCUUCAGGAAUACCAACCUUACCAGUGAAGAAUACUCUGGACACGUACCGGGCCUCCACUGGAUGCAUGACCGAGUCACCAAGAGGGCAGCCGGGUGAGGAGUCUCUGCCGCCAAAGAGAGGAGAGAGAAAAAUAUCCGACCUCUUAUCUGAUCUGCUCAGCUUCCUGAGUGCAGGCGGCCAGCCGCACACGGCGAACCUGUACGAGUCGAUGAGCCCCGCUCCGGCAAAUGAGCUCAUUUUGGCACAGGCUGCGCCGCCGUGGGGCUCCCAGCAGGACAAAAGAGCUGUCGUUUAUGAAAACUGUUUGAAGUGUCGAGGAGAGCUCUGCCAACCUCCGCUGCAGGUCGCGCCUGCUAAAAUGCCCCGCAGGACAAUUCAUGGUUGUCGGAGCUUCCCGACUGGACUGUACCUGAAGAAAAGCCAAGGCAGUGACAGAACUGCUGAUGAGGAGCUGCUUCACGAACUCCUCAGGGACGUUGAUGAGCGGCGGCGGCCGGAAGAUGUAAAUGACUCGACAGGAAGUGAGGAGAAAAAGCUUGACAGUAAAGAAGAACGACGCAGAGCUGAUCCUGCUUAUGAGGUCAUGGAGAGUCGGAUGCCGGAGAAACACCCAGAGGCUGAAGAGAAGAGCAAAUACGAGCUGAUGGGCAGCUACAGCCAGCAGAGGUUCCUCCAAGAGGCUGAAGGGGCAGCGUUUGUUUUCCCUCCAGAGGCUGCGCUUCCCGAGAGACCCCGGAGCGAAAGCGUCACGUACGUGAAUAUUCCCGUCAGCCCGACGUCUAAGAAACAACUCAACUACAUGGAGCUGGAGCUGCAGGAGCCGGGCCACAGCACCAGAGGGACUGUCGCACAUCUGCCGUCUCAAAGAAAAAGCUCCACCAGGUAUGCUCAGAUCGACAUCACCGCGACAGAGAUGGCUCACAAAGUUGGCACGCAGCACGCCCUGGGCAGGCAGGAGGGCCUGCACGGCCUGGAGCAGAGGAGAAAGGGAACGCCGCAUUGACUCCAUGGUUUGGAUUCGCUGCACUGGACUGUAUCCAUCAGAGAUGUGAAGAACUUGAUGGGAGCGUUUGUUUUCUGUUCUUUUACGAUUUCUAAGCACACGUUGGGUUUACACAUGCUAGAAUCCAAGAACAUGCCGUGUUCACGUUGUUAGGCAGGCUUUCUGCUUCUGUAACCCAAGAAGCUGUGAUAACGGUUGUGCGGUUUUGCAUGUAGCCAGGUGCAAUAUUUCCACCUCGUUAGCUCAGAAGUUGGUUGCAUCAUUAAAUGGCUCUGCGCCAACUGAAAGGAGAAGGCACUGACCCAGAGAUGAGUCACGGCCCAAAUACCUCCCCCUCACUCAGCUACACCUCUGUGGACCAUGCCACAGAGCGCAUUUUAUCAUCAUUUGGGAAAACAACAGAGAUGAAGCAAGAGGUAAUUAUUCCACGAGGUAAUUAUUAAUUACGUUGUGCUAAGCUGCUCGGAUUUGGCCUAAACCGUCCAUCCACUCUUACUCAGAGAGCUGUGCAGGAGAAGUAAAGGAUGAGUUGUGGUGGAAAGGAGAAUCUGUAAUUGUUUCACAUUUCUCCACUACGCCUGGUGACCUGCGUUGGCCUGCUGUGACUAACAGAUGCUGUUUAUUGUUUGAACAGAAUCUGAGUGCUGCUUUCUUUGCUUCUUCUGUCAUCGUGGGACGGGAUUUACUGUGGGAAACUAUUUAUGAAUUCUGCAAAGAUGAGAAAAACAAUGUUUGGAAAUUUUCUUUGAGAUUUUUAAAUGACAACAAUGUUUAUUUUGUGUCCUUUAAUUUUUCCUCUUUUCUUGUGCGUACAUUGGUAAACCUCGAUAGACUGUUGUUUUUGUCUCAUAUUCUGCUACGUUUCCCCUGCUGUUGACUUCAAGAAGACGUUUAUUUCAAGCAUAACAUUUGAUACAUAAGUUAAGAUGUAUGGAGAAUUUAUAAUUUGUGCUUUUUAGGUAAAAUUUUAUUUUUUAGUAAGUUAUUUAUUACUACAACUUUGUGUGUAUUUCAGUGUUUACAGUUGCAGUGAAAAAUUUCCAUGCACCCAUUAGGGGCCUUUAUUUAUGUUUUAUAUUUUUAAUGAUUGAUUUGAUGAUAAUGCACCAGUACCACUACUGGCAAACGACCCCCACAGCAUGCCUCUGCCCCCACCAUGCUUUAUAGUUGGUGCAGCAUUGUUGGGUUUGAAAACCUCACCUUGAUUCAUCCAAGCUCACCCAUUUACACUGAGACCAAAUCCUUUGAGUGUCACAUUUCUCUCCAGAAGAUCUCAUUCAUGUAGGCGGUUGCACAUUUUAGUCUUUCUUCAAGGUGUAAAUUUUGGAGCAUCAGCUUCGUUUUUGGUUGAUACUCUGUGGGCAGAGAUACCUAUGAUCCUGUAUUUUCUACUUCUUUGCAGCCUUGUGGCGUGUUCCUGAACUGACUAUUCUCCUUCCAUCUGAGCGUGUUGUUUUUGUCUUUGUCCAAGCUUUCCUGAAAGUAAGUGAAAUAAUCUUAAACUGGGGUAAAAAAAGCUAAAGAUUAAAUAUUUGGUUUGUGCCCAUGGUUCAUAAUAUCCAUGCUCUUGCUAAUAGUGUGUAAACUUCUGACCAGAACUAUACAGUCAAACUCCAGUCAGAUUCAGUGUCUAUUUUUUCAGAAGACAUUAAUAGAGUAGCAUUGAGAAACCACAGAGCCACAUUAAUGAGUCUACAUACCUUAAAGAGUGCCAAGUACUGAUUUCCCGACUGUUUUUCUGGGAAUGCCCCCCAAAAAGACACCAAUCACCGCACAUUGUCAACAUGUAAUCAAAAGAGAUUUACCGUAUUUUUUGGACUAUAAGCUGCUACUAUUUUCUUACGCUUCGAUCUAUGCGGCUUACAGCCCGGUGCAGCUCUUCUGUGGAUUUUUCUCCAACCGCCAGGGGGCUCUGUAGCAGGAAGUGAAUCAUUGGAAGUCAAAAUUGGAAAUCAAAGAAGAAAGUGCUGAUUUUCAUUUAGAACAAGCACAUGCUAGCAGCAGCACGACUGAGAAAUGUUUUCAAACUCAGACCCACUCAUCAAGGAAAUCACACGGAGAAGUUCAUAUGAUGCAGCUUUUAAGUUGAAGGCGAUCGAUCUGGCGGUGCAGAUCGACAGCCUUCGAUCUGUAACGAAUCGGCGUGAACGAAUCCAAGGUUCGGCGUUGGAGACGCAGGGCUGCGUCCUUACUAACAGAUUUAUUAAAGACGCAGCUCUUUGCUGUGUCCUUGUGAAAAACCGAGAGCGGCAGAGAUACCAGCAGCUUAUAGCCCGGUGCGGUUUAUAUAUGUACGUUUCCAGUUGUUUUUUAAACUUUGUGGGUGCGUCUUAUAGUGAGGUGCGCUUUGUAGUCCGGAAAAUACGGUAAUCCUGAAUUCUUUCAUCAAAAACACUUAUAAGUUAAAAUGUAAAGAUAAACUCAUGUCUGACAGGGACAUUGUAGUUUCCUUUGUAAUUUCUCUGCAGAAAAUGUUUUCAUCUGAAACAUAAAAUAUGCAAAAUGUGCUGGGAUAUGAGAUAUGCGUUUAUAAAAGUCAGAGAUUCAGAUUUAUUGUUUUCAGACGAUCAAUGUUGUAAGAGGUUAGUGUCUUCUGUCUCUGGCUUUAAUUUUCUCCACUAACAUUGGUGGUUGAUUACUACAGUUUGAUAAUCAUGUAAUGCAGUAAGAAAGAAAACUGAAUCACUCAUUUCCCAGAAAUAUGUAAAUUGUAAAUAAAAUGGGAUGAAUAUUAAACCUUUUAAAAUUUGUGUUAAUUUAAUUUUGAUGGCUGGAUUCUUCAAGGAGUUAAACCAUCUCCCAUCAGCAGCUGGGAGUGGGAAAACCUGAACAGAUCAACUUCAGGAAAGGUAACAAAAAAAGAUACAAAUUGAAGAACGUGUAAAUGUCUAAAACGUACAGAAAGGAUAAUCUGGACAACUUGUCAGCAACUUAGAGCUGCAGGUUUCAGAAGUGGCUCAUGACGAAGCACUGCUAAACAAUUUAAUUGCAAUAUUCUUAAAUAUACAGUUUAAUUCUGUUUAUUUAUAUGGCACCAAUUAACAAAAACAUUGUCUCAAAAGAAUCAUUUUAAUUCAAUCAUACAUGCAUACCAAUUGGUCCUAGCUAUCAGUAACAGUACAGUGAGCUCUAUUAAUUUUUCUAAUUAAUUAAUAAAUUUUUUCAAGUUAAAAAGUUUCUAUCUAAGGAAACCCAGCAGGUUGCACUAAGUUAUUGACUUGCAGCAUUUCCUCCUCCUGGAUGAG